UUUUCUCAUCUACUUUUUUGUAUCAUUAUAAUAACAAUGAAACCGGAUUAUGGAGUUGCUCCUCUUUUGAUUGGUGGCUUGUACCUGGAUCUUUUGAAUGUUGUUCAGUAUUAAGAUUAUUUAAUUAUAUUUUGUUAAAUUAUAACAGGUUUCCAUUGUGUGCGAGUAAAUAUUUUGGUAAUAUGCGCUUACAGUAUCACGUGUCCUUUCAUACAUUGACAUAAAUAUAUAAUCUCAAGAAGCCUUUACACGUGUCAGGUUUUGCCCUGUACAAGUAUCAUUACAGCCUAACAUUGAUUUUCGUUUUAAUUGUUAACGUAUCUUGCCUUGCCAUAACGAAGGUUAGAAUACCAGACUGCAGUUUGAAUAGAUUUUAAAAUAGGAUCAACGUGAUGCAUUUUUUAAAAGUUUUCAUUUGUUUAAACAUUUCAAUCAUUUAAUUAUUAAUUGUUUGCCAUUGGUUGGUUGCCACGAGGCUCUUUCAAUGGUUUUGAAAGGGAUAGCAUAGAUGAAAUGAUGAGAUUCUUGUAACUUUUGGAUGACCCCUUCUCGACAAAGACAGUCCCCAUCAAUUGUCCCCAGGCUUUAUUCCCCUCUUUUUGUGCCAGGGGGACGUUUUGUAUCUUUUGUUUGUUUAUCUGUCAGACUAACUGACUUUAGUUUGAUUUAGUAUUGUAAAAAAUUAAGCAUAUUAACCACAUUAUUGCAAAAACCAACAAAAUGUCCGUACACACAAAAUUGGUAUUAAUUCCAUUCAGAUUAUUUUCCGUGGCUUUAGAAAUGACUGCCAUUACAAAACUUUAGAUAUGGACAACAAGUGUUUUAUAUUUCACAUAUAACGUCUCAUUCCUCAAUAUAGGGUUUAUAUUGUCAAUCCUGCUUGGCAGCCGGUUAAAUAUUUGCAUAUAGUCAAUAGAAUUUGACGUUUUUUGAAGUUAGUGGAAAUUGAUGCUAUAGGUGUGUAGUGUAUAGCCUACGUUAAUGGACUAGGUUUUCCUCGAUUGGUUAAUCUGGUCACAUGGUUUUCUAACUUUAUUCAGUUGACAGCAAGUAGGAGGGCUUUAUGGAGGCUGGAAAAAAAGACAACUCCAGAAAAAUUAGUAUUUUCUACCUUCAGAAAUUAAUGGCCAUGAGUUCGUAUAUGGUGAACUCUAAGUAUGUGGACCCAAAAUUUCCUCCUUGUGAGGAAUAUUCGCAAAAUAGUUAUAUACCUGACCAGGGGACAGAGUACUACGGUCCAUCGCAGGACCCAGAUUUCCAGCAUCCAGGAAUCUAUCCACGGUCUACCUACGCGGAGCAGCCCUUCAGUUGCACCACUGUGCAGGGUUCUACAGUGCCGUCGCGGGGUCAUGUGCAGGGGCGAGCUAGCCACCCUAGUCCUUUUACGGCCCAGACCGAGCCGUGUUCCCCGGUCCAAGUGGCUAGUCCCCGGAUUUGUGGACAACAACAAAACACAAAGAACCAAAACGGGAUACAAGCCAAGCAGCCUGCAGUAGUUUACCCGUGGAUGAAGAAAGUCCACGUUACAACGGUAAACCCGGAUUACACAGGACCUGAACCGAAACGGUCUCGGACAGCUUAUACAAGACAGCAGGUUUUAGAACUGGAAAAGGAAUUUCAUUUUAACAGGUAUCUGACCAGGCGGCGUCGCAUAGAGAUUGCCCAUACACUCGUUCUCUCCGAGCGUCAGAUCAAAAUCUGGUUUCAAAACAGAAGAAUGAAAUGGAAAAAAGACCACAAACUGCCGAACACAAAGGGGAGAUCAGCAUCAGCCUCCAGCCAACAUUUACAAAGUAUCCAAAAGGAUAACCAGACUGAUAUCACAACUUUAUGAAUAAGAUGGGAAACUUUGACUCUUAUUUGAACUGUAUAAACAAGACUAUUUCCCAUUUGACUUUGCAUGGUGUCAAAACAUGACAUUUUCUUUACAUGGCAGUUUACUUUCAGAAAACCCUGGAUGGGUUGGCUCACUGACCACAGUCUAUUUCCAACAUUGUAACUGAUAGUUGCUCAGAAGAUAUGGGUGCAUCAUGCUUAACAUGCAUCAGCAGGUACAGUAGAUCGAACGAAACCGUUCCCGUUCACACGAAAGCGUGUUAAAUGUUCGCUGAUCGUACUCAGCGUGCUGAUUCUGUAGUCCCAGACUUCUCACGUGCACCAAAGUGAUCAAAGUUGUCUACGGCCUGAAAAUGUGUAUCUUUAUUGGAAAGAAUAACAUUAUAUAAAGCUUUAAUUAAGGGAAAAAUUGCCAUGUGAUGAAAUAAAACUUAAAAACAAACAAUAUUUCAUAAGAUUGCGAAAUAUAAAAUGACCAUUGCAGCAUCAGUUAAUCCAUACGUUAUUUUCAGACAAGUGACAAUAUUUGUUACUUUUAUAGGCUAGAAAGAAGUGAACUCGUAUUUAUAAGUUUUUACUGGUUGAAUUAUAUAGGCUAGCAUAAAAAGUAGUAAACUCGUAUUUAUGGAUGCUAGCUGAAUUUGUUGAAUUUGUCUGUUUACGUUUACGAACUUUUAUACAUUAAAGCAUUUAAAAUGUAGUUAAAUUCAAUUAAGAAACAAGACAUUCCUGUGUUCAGCCCUUCCCAGUGCCCUUAUUCGGUUAUAAAUCUCUCUUGACAUCUAUGUAAACAAAGUACAUUUAAAGAGGGUCUACCAUAUGGCAUCUGAAACUCUUUCACGAGUUUUGCAUCGAAUUUAGGCAAUAUAUUUUUUUAGAUGCUUCACUACUUUUUCCUUUGAUCAAUAUCAAAGUAUCUAUUCAAUGUUAGGGACGUUUAGGGAUAAAAAUGUUUAAUGUUUUCCCCAUUCUUAUUCAAUAUGUGUAAUAUAGUGUUGACAUUUCAUUGUGAUUAUUUAAUUAAAUAUUUGUACAUUUUCUAAAAUUCACAACAGUUCUAAACGUAUUUGAGUUACAACUUUAAAUAAAAUGUGUUUUUAUCUGUUGUGGAUUAUUAGCAUGGUCUUACAUUUUCUUAUGACAUGUAAAAUCUUUUAAUGAAUAUUCUUGGCUGGUGUUAAAUUCGAACUAUGGCAUCAAAUUAUAAACCUAGCCACCCGCCUUCAUGUCAAGUUUCAAGACAGAUAUGAAUAUUAUUCCUAUCAUUGUCCUCCUGGCAAAAAGCGAAGACGUCUUUGCAUUGCGAAGAUGUCUUGCCUCUCAAGUUUUCAUGAUGAGGAGUUGAAAAGGUAUUUCAGCUGAAGUUCGACAAAGCUCCAGAGGCCGGUUCAUUCAGAGGACACUCUUUCUAUCGCCUUAGACACAUUUCAGCCGCGAGGAGUGACCUAUAGACCCUUGACCCGUCGGACCUACAGCCCUUUUCUCUCACAGUCACUAUUCGCAUUGAGUUUCAUGGAGAUACUUUUUCUACUUUAGUAUUAGAAAAUGGAACGCUUAUAUAACCUGGUUAAAAAUGUCACGUUUUAAAUCCUAUAUUUAUUCUGCCAGAUGCACCUCAAAUGGUACUGAUUGUAUAGUCAUGUUUUACCAUGUCAAUAUGCAAUGCUGUAUGAUUUUAUUUUUGUACCUGCUUUUUAUUCUGUAUAUACCCACGUGUCAUGCAAAACUUUAAUGAAAAAAUAAAGAUUGUUACUUGAUAUUAGUUAUGGUGGCACAUAUCACUCA